UGGAAAAAGAAAUGAAAUGAAAGGCGCAUGCUCAGUGCUUGUGUUAAUGGUGAUGAUGGGUCCCGUUACACUGGGGUUGCCAUCCCCACGCAUGCGAUGGCUUGAUGGCACUGGCAACCCUUCUUUCUGGCAACGAUUCUCUGUGUCUAUCUGGGGGUCGGGGUCGUCCUCGGCCGUAACGCUUUGUGCUUUGUAUCGUUGACGCAGUUGGUUGGACGCAUCACCAUCAACAUUGGUUUCGGCAUCGGCAUUUGGAUUGGGGCCAGGACACAUUGUGCAUGCAUAUAUAGAAAGGUUACUGAUUUUGUAUGAGCUGGAAUGGAAUGGUUGUUGAAAUGAUGUGAAACCUAAUCUCUUGGUAUCGGAUGAAUUACGGAUUAAAUAUAAAAUCUCAAAAAAUUCAAUUUAUUGACUUUGGAGCAAAAAAAAAACGAGAGAAGAGGAAGAAGCCGUCGAGCUGAGUCCGUCGUUGGAUAUCUUGGAAUAUUCAGUUCUUAGCUAGCGUUGUUGUUCUUCUUCUUUCCUUCCUUCCCACCGAUUCUAGCUAUAGGGCGCCUCAGGCGGCAGUGAGACGUCUGGAGGAGACGUCUCUCCUGCAUGCGCCGGAAGCAUGUCCAUCUACUCAAAAUAGCGCCAACUGAGCGGCACAAGCAACGCAUAGCAGUUGGAAAAUGAGCGCAAACGAAACGGCAAGUGGAGGAAGCGAUAAUCAUGCCGGUCAAUCGGACAAGGCAGAUGAUGUGGUCGCCGUCACCGUCGCCGUUUCCAAUGCAGAGGAUGGUGAACAUGAGGCCACACAUGGGCAUACCACUUGUAAGACAAAGGAGGCAAAUGAAACGGAAUCGGUUAGUGGGCAGCAGCAGCAGCAGCAGCGAAACAAGAAAAAGUUGGAACAACAUCCCCAACAGUCCCAGGGCCAGGCGCAGGCCAAUGGUCAUGGCCUGUCCAAGGCUAAGCAAGAAGAGGAAACUGUGAUGGAGAAUGAAUCAACCGUAGGAGAAACGGUGGCCUCAGCGCGUUCUGUCUUAGAUGCUGUCACUGUGGCUGCUCCCUCUAUCGAUGCUUUGGUGGCCUGCAAAGACGUUCUAUUGGCCCAGAAACUCUUCGCCUUUGCCAGCGGCAGUAAUGGUCCCAAGGAGCUGUUAAAACCAAAGGAGCCAAUGCGUGUGGGCUUCUAUGACAUCGAACGUACAAUUGGCAAGGGCAACUUUGCUGUGGUGAAGCUUGCCAGGCAUCGGAUAACCAAGAAUGAAGUUGCCAUCAAGAUAAUUGACAAGUCGCAGCUAGAUCAGACCAAUCUGCAGAAGGUCUACCGAGAGGUUGAGAUCAUGAAAAGGCUAAAGCAUCCUCAUAUCAUUAAACUAUAUCAGGUGAUGGAGACUAAAAAUAUGAUCUAUAUAGUCUCUGAGUAUGCCAGUCAAGGGGAAAUCUUCGAUUAUAUAGCCAAAUAUGGACGUAUGUCGGAGUCGGCGGCCCGCUUUAAGUUUUGGCAAAUUAUUUCGGCCGUUGAAUACUGCCAUAAGAAGGGCAUCGUCCAUCGGGAUCUUAAGGCGGAGAAUCUUUUGAUGGACUUUAAUAUGAACAUCAAAAUUGCUGAUUUUGGCUUCUCCAAUCACUUCAAGCCCGGCGAAUUGCUGGCCACUUGGUGUGGCUCUCCACCGUAUGCUGCUCCCGAGGUUUUCGAGGGCAAACAGUAUACGGGUCCAGAGAUAGACAUCUGGUCUUUGGGUGUUGUAUUGUAUGUUCUGGUAUGUGGAGCUUUGCCUUUUGAUGGCUCCACUUUGCAGAGCCUUCGUGAUCGCGUUCUAUCCGGCCGUUUUCGUAUCCCCUUCUUCAUGAGCUCAGAGUGUGAGCAUCUUAUCCGGCGAAUGCUAGUGCUAGAGCCAACGCGCCGCUACACCAUCGAGCAGAUCAAACGGCAUCGUUGGAUGUGCCCCGAAUUGGUAGAGCAUGUCCUAAUAGCCAAAUAUAAUUUGAAUAUGGAUAGACAGUCAGUGUUGGAGCCCAGCGAGGAUAUUUUGCGUAUUAUGUCCGAAUAUGUGGGCAUUGGUCCGGAUAAGACACGAGCCAGUCUCAAAAAGAAUACGUACGAUCAUGUGGCAGCCAUUUAUCUGCUGCUCCAGGAUCGCGUCAAUCACAAGAAGGACCAGGCCAAACCCAAUGAUGUAUCCAGCUCCAGUCGGCUGUUAUUUAAGGCCAGCAAGCAGGCCAUUAGCUUGGACCAGCAACAACAGCAAACCAAGACAAUAUCCACCACGAUCCUGGCAAAGGAUCAACAAGCACACAAAAGACUUAGCCGCCACCAGACUGUGUUAAUGAGUGAGCGUUCCACUGCCGAUCCCUACUAUGAUGCAUCUGCGCAGCAGCAGCAGCCGCCGCCAAUCCAUACACCCACUCAUAUACCAACCAAUCGCUAUGCGAAUGGAGAGGAUAUAUCAAGCACUGGAAUACCCUUGCCGGUUAGAUAUACACCACUACCGCUGGCUACCCUAGCCACCACUCCUGUAUCCUCGUCGCGACUGAGUAGGCAAGGCCUUAGUUCGCCGCGCAGUUCUGUCCAUCGUCCUGUGGGCAUUUCCUUGAGUAUUGACCAGGCGCCGACCAAUCUCCGUAGUCGUAAUCCUAGCCAGCAGCUUGAUUCAAUGCCGGUGUUGCCUCUGGUAUCCAGGCAAUUGCAUCAGACCAUUAGCGAGUAUAUAAUUAAGCAGAGUACUGAGGACUGCCGGCAACUGCUGCAGCAGUCAACUGCCAUUGCUGAGUCUAAAGAGCCAGACCUUGUUGUGGCCACUGAGUGCCAGACGGAACCAUCACUGACCACCAGCACGCCCACUAUCGACAAGACGUCGACGAUGACGACAACAACAACGACGACAAUAAAACCCAUGUCCAGCUCCAGUAGCUUUGACUCCACCGCCAAUCUCAAUCAGAGUUUCCGCUUCAAGAUGUCAGCGGAGGCCACUAAACUAUUCCAGACCCUACAAGAGAGUCCACUGCCAGUUGAGCAAAAGCCCAAAAGAAAAGGCCCUAUUACGGCAAAUGGCAAUGGACCGGACUCCUCCGGACCUCAGACAAACGGAGACAGUCGCAGCGACAAGAAGGGCUACGAGAAAAAAGUCUUGGCCCAGGGCAGCUCCAGCACCGAUGAGGGCUGUGAAACGGAUCACGGCAAUGAGGCCGGAAAUGGAACUGGCACCGAUAAUGUCACUGCCAAUGGCAAGGCUAAUGGUAGUGGCACAACCACCGCCAAAGAAGGAUCACAUUCCAGCUCUGAUCUGACAACCACUGCACAGACGACACGCAUGCGAUCCUAUGCCAGCAGCAGCAGCUCCAGCGGAGUUCUAGCCGGCAGUUACUCGAAAAGUCUCAGUCAAAAUUUGAGUCGCGGUUCCUCCAAAAGCAACUGCAGUGCCUACGAGAGCUUAGACUUUGUUUUACCAUCCGGCAGUCUGCCGUCCUGCAUGAGUAAUUCCAUGCUGGCAGCAGCUGCAGCCGCCGCCGCUGCGGCAUCCAGUGAGCAUUCGUCGGAGAGGUCGCUAUAUAGCAGUCAUAACUCCUGCAUUCAUAUGCCUAGCGCAGUGUUGGCCACUCCGACGCCACCACCGAGCAUGAAUCAGUCGCCGGUGCCAUUGCCGGCGCCGCAUCCACCUCCGCCGCCGGCACCGUUGUUCCUGGACAAACGUUCGCCCAUUCAUUUUCGCGAGGGACGGCGUGCCAGCGAUGGCCUGGUGGCCCAAGGUUUGCUCAGUUCCGGCUCAUUGCUUGGCACUAGCCGUGUCUAUGGCAGCUAUCGCUAUGACCAGGUGAAACGCCACGGGUGGCUAGAGAUUCAACAGCUGCAGCAACAAGAAGCAGCAGCGGCGGCGGCGGCGGCCCAUUCUCAUUCUCAAGCUCAUGGCCAUGGCGGCCAGGGACAUCAUGCAACAUAUGGCCUGGACGAGCUUAGCUUGGCAAACUGUCAAUUUCCCAAUGGUCAAUUUUAUACUAUGUCCGGGGGCAAGGCCCAUCCGCAUCAUCCGUUGCUGCCACCACCACCACAUCAUCUUCAUGCCCCGCACCAUCACCACCAUCAGCACCAGCACCAGCACCAGCACCACCAUCAACAGCAACAGCAGCAGCAACAACUCCAGCCAACACAUCAUCACCAGCUGUAUUCGCCGCAUCCGAUGCCGCCACCGCCGCCGCCAUUGCUCUUGGAUGCGGCCAAUGAACUUUACAAUGCUCAUGCCUCCUGUUAUGCGCCGCCACCACCACCACCCGCUGCUCUCUAUCCUCAUCAGCAUCAUCUGGGAAUGAGUGUGGGCAUGGGUGUGGGUGUCGGAGUGGGAGUGGGAGUGGGAGUGGGAGUAGGAGUGCCAAUGUCGCCAAUGCAGAAGCCACCGUUGCAGCAACAAUUGCUGCAACAUCGCCUGCUGCAACAGAAGCGUCAACUCUUCCAGAAACAAUACGCUCUGGAGGCCCAAUUGGCCGGAAGGCAUCAUCCAGCGGCGCAUUUCAAUCAUCAGCAUCAGCUUCCGCAUUCACACCAUCCGAAUCAUCAUCAACAUCUUCAUCAUAAUCACAAUCAUCAUCAUCUUGCGGCAACAUCAUCCAAUUCCGCUCCGGAGCAACAUUUGGCCGAUGAAUUAUACGAAUUGGCUAUGCUGGAUCGUCCGCGUAGCGGAACCCCACGACUGCAGCAUUCGCUGACCAUGCCGGGAUCCAAUAAUGCCUUCAGUCAAAUGAAUCUGAAGACCUCCUAUAUCAGUCAAUCGACUCAGUCUCAGGAUCCAGGAGCUGCGAGUCCAGCAGCGCCGUCCAUAAUGCCCGGAACACCAACGACGGCCGGCAAGCAGCAAGUGAAAGCGCCUCCAACACCACACGACAUCGAGCAAUAUCAUACAACGACAGGUACUCCCGUACUUAGCCUAUUUACGCCAAAUUGGCAGACAUUAGUCAGUCGUGAAAGUCCCAUACUGGAGAUAUCCGAGCAUUUGGAAUCAGUAUGAAUUAGCAAAUCGUUUUUGGCCUGCCUCUAGCUCCUCCUGCCCCCAGUUUUCUUCUAUCGCUCGCAAUCGCAAAAUUAAUUAUUUUCAAAUCAUACAUACAUAUAUAGACAUGUUACAUACA